AUGAAAAAAGAGUUUCCCAAAAGACCACCGGAAAAUGAGAUCUUAAACGAAUAUUUCAUGCAACGGGUACGAAAAAAUUUGCAUGUUGUGCUCUGUUUCUCCCCUGUCGGUGAGAAAUUCCGUCAACGUGCUCUCUACUUCCCCGGUUUGAUAUCCGGUUGUACCAUUGAUUGGUUCCAACGAUGGCCUCAGGAUGCCCUGUUGGCUGUGGCCAAACAUUUUCUCGGCGAUUACGAAAUCACAUGCUCGCCUAUGGUCAAAUCAAGUCUGAUCAGUUUGGUCGCGGACGUGCAUGAUGAUGUGGCUGCUCGGUGUAUUGCCUAUUUCGAACGAUAUCGUCGUACCGCGAAUGUGACCCCGAAAUCGUACAUCUCAUUCAUCACUGGUUAUAUGAAGGUCUAUCGGGAACAAGUGCAGAGUGUGAACGAGCAGAUUAAUCGUCUGGGCUCGGGGUUGCACAAACUGAUGGAAGCGCAGGAAUCGAUUGCCAAACUCAGUGUGGAAUUGGCGAAUAAAGAGAAAGAACUGGAAGUGGCCAAUCGUGAAGCUGAGGCAGUUUUGGUCAAUGUAAUGCAACAGACUCAGGCCGCCGAGCAGGUGAAAAAUAAAGUGUUAACUGUGAAAGAUAAGUGUUUGGCUAUUGUGCAAAAUAUUCAAAAAGAACGAGCCAUUGCCGAGGAGAAAUUAGAAGCCGCUCGACCGGCUCUAGAAGAAGCCGAGGAGGCUUUGAACACUAUCAAACCGGGUGAUAUUUCCACGGUGAGAAAACUGGCCAAACCGCCACAUUUGAUUAUGCGUAUCAUGGAUUGUGUUCUGCUCCUGUUCAAACGAAAAGUGGAUCCGGUGCGAAAAGAUACCGAACGAGUAGGUUGUAUCAAACCGUCAUGGACGGAAUCGUUAAAAAUGCUUGCUGGAUCGACAUUUUUGAACAGUUUAUUAUUCUUCCCUCGUGAUCUGAUCAACGAAGAGACUGUGGAUCUAAUCCAGCCGUAUUUAGACCAAGAAGAUUAUAAUUUAGAAACAGCGAAAAAAGUAUGCGGUAAUGUGGCCGGUUUGUGCUCGUGGACUUUAGCUAUGGAAAAAUUCUACUGGGUCAAUAAGGAGGUUAUCCCAUUGAAGGAUAAUCUGGCAAAAAUGGAAAGCAAACUGACCGCGGCCAAGAAUGAUUUGGCUCAGGCAGAAAAUCUUCUCGCUGAAAAAGAGGCUUUGCUGGCAACUGUUCGCGAACAGUAUGAAGCUGCAAUGCGUCGAAAACAGGAAUUGGCCGACGAUGCGGACACAUGUCGACGUCGAAUGACCACGGCCACCAUGCUAAUUGAUGGUUUGUCCGGAGAGAAGGUGCGCUGGACCGAGGAGACGCUGAAUUUGAAAGAACAAGUCAAUCGGCUUAUUGGUGACUCUUUGGUGGGUACGGCAUUUCUCUCCUACAGUGGGCCGUUUAAUCAGGACUUCCGAUUCCGUCUCUCUUCGCACUGGUUCAAAGAGCUUGCCUCUCGUCAAAUCCCGUACACCGUCAAUUUAGAUUUGAUCAAUAUGCUCACUGAGGGACCGGUGGUAAGUAUAUCCUACUGA